CCCUCGACCAACCUGGACUAGAGCCUGCCUCUCUUCCGGUGUCUGAACAGAAAAUCUCGGCGAAAGGGAGCGGAGAGUUUUCGGUUUUUAAAUUGCCUGCUUCCCUUUCCUCUCCGGCUAACUUUCCCCUCGCCUGGUUUUCCUGUGACACGAGUGUGACUGAGGAGGAGGUGGUGGCCGGCGCUUCCCUUCUCCCUGAGUCUCGGGCUUGGGAGAAGAGGAAGAGGAAGAUGACGAGCCAGUGCAAUUAGCCUAACAAGAGACGGGUGGUGGCGGCGGCAGGAGGAGGAGGAGGCGCGGCGGCGGCGGCGGUUUCUCCUCCCCGGGCCGCUGACACAUUCCUCUUUCUCUCCUCGUUGAGGCGAUGGAGGGAGACGCUUCUGAAUCUCCCUGAAAAAGUCCGGCGGGAUCAUCUCGUCUUUUCCCCCCUCACCCACCCCCUCAUGGCAGCUUCUUGAGCACUGGGAGGAAUCCCUUCCCUCCCUGGAAAAACACACAUACAAAAAAAACCAUUGUAGGAGACGGGCUUUGGCUACCAUCUGUGUACACGUUUCUCUUUCCUGAAUGGAGGAUAUAUAGUUUUUCUUUUUGGGUUUUUUUUAAGGGGAAAAGAGCUUUCUUUUUAAAUUAGCUUUUCUGGAAAGCUGUCUCCUCUUUCCCCUGGUCUUUCUUUUUUCUUUCCUGGUAUAUACUUUUUUUUUGGCUGUGUUUUCUUAUUUUUGGUGCGCUCGCGUGCUGUCCCCCCCAAUGUGGGCUCCAGAGGAUUUGUUCUUUUGUAACUGGGACAUGAAAUAAUGGCGACCCGUUGGGCAGCGGGGCCACCGGGGAGAGAUGGAGACCCUCGGCCGCCCGAAGUCCCCAGGAGGAGCUGCAGCAGCAGCAGCCAGCCAUCCAAACAAAAUGAUGGAAAAGUACAAAGUGAAGCAGAGGAUGAAGAACCUUUUGCAUGGCCCAGUGCCAAAACAGUAGUUUUACGAAGAACAUCAGAGGGCUUUGGCUUUACCUUGCGGCAUUUCAUUGUUUAUCCCCCGGAGUCUGCUAUUCAGGUUUCUUUCAAGGAUGAAGAGAAAGGAAAUAAAAGUGGGAAGCGACGAAACAGAUUGGAGCCAAUGGAUACCAUAUUUGUUAAACAGGUUAAGGAAGGAGGGCCUGCUUUUGAAGCUGGAUUAUGCACAGGUGACAGAAUUAUAAAAGUGAAUGGGGAAAGUGUUCUAGGGAAGACAUAUUCUCAAGUAAUUGCUUUAAUUCAGAACAGUGGCAGCAGUUUGGAACUUAGUGUUAUGCCAAAAGAUGAAGACAUCCUUCAGCUGCUUUUACUGUGUUUUCCUGUUUUCUGCCAGCUGCAGUUUUCAAAGGAUGUUACAGCACUGGCAUAUUCCCAAGAUGCCUACCAGAAGGGCAAUGAAGCCUACAGUGGGAAUGCCUUCAAUAUACCUGAACCACCACCAAUAUGUUAUCCUCGGUUAACAUCUCCAGCUUCUGUAAUGGCACAAUCUAUUGACAAAGUGUCUCCUGACUCUUCACUGGGAAAACAACCAAUUAGUAGACCUGUAUGGACAUCCACACCAUCAGAAAAGGCCUACAGAAUGGAAAUACAAGUGCCUCCAGAUAUUGCAAAAUCUAACACAGCCGUCUGUGUUUGCAAUGAGACUGUAAGAACUGUUGUUGUGCCUUCUGAGAAGGCUGUAGACUUCUCAUCGUGUAGAACAAAUCACACUAGUCUGUCACCCUGGACAGAGGAAGUGAGACAUGGUUUCAAGGAACAGACCACUCUAAAAACAAAAGCACAGAUCACAUCACCAUCGUCUUCAAUGCCCACUGCCAUUGUACUUCCUCAGACACCACUUACAAGGCCAGCAGAUCCCACUGGAAUAGCUAGCAAAUCUGGAAACGAUGGAGGUCAUCCAGAAGGUACCUCAACUACUAGAUCCCCAACUCAAAGCCCAGGUUCUGCUUCUGUGACUAUGAAUCACUACACUUCUUUGAAUUCCCACCAACAGAUAGACUGGAAAAAUUACAAAACAUACAAAGAAUACAUUGAUAAUAGACGUUUGCAUAUGUACGGUUGCAGAACUAUACAGGAAAGGUUAGACAGUUUAAGAGCGGCAUCUCGGAACACAACCGAUUAUAAUCAGGUGGUACCAAUUCGCACUGUUCCACCGGUACGACGCAGAAGCACUUCUCAUGAUAGAGCCCUACAGUCUGUUUCAGUCCGGCGAAGAAGUAUGUCACAAGAAAGACUAGAGGAUCCUGUAUUGUUGAAAGAAUGGCCAAGGAGUGCCUCGCAAGACACUUUAACCUCACCAUCUCUCAGUCCCAGGAAUCAUAGGACACGGUCAUGGGACUACUUAGGCAAACAGGGUGAAUUGUCAGGAAAUUUUCACUCUGACAAUCUUGUAGAUGCAAACAGAGACAGGAAAAAGACUUACAAACGGACUGGAUUUCCUGAACAGGAUGAUUGGCGAGAGAUUUAUGAGAGGUCCCAGCAACAUGGAUUUCAGGUUCACUCGUCCCUUCGAGGCUCAAAUUUUUCUGUGGCUCCAGGUGCUUAUAAUGCAGAUGGUAGACUCUUAAGCAGCAGGGCUUUAGGGCCUCCCUCUCAAUUCCAGAAGGUUCAACCAGAUGCAAAAAUACUUCAGUCUGGUCGAAAUUUGCCAGCUGCUGGUGGAACUUCAAAGCCUACAAGCUUUUUUCAGGAAAGAUCAUCUCACUCGAUAUCUAGAAGCACAAGAAGCAAUUCUCUGAAGACUUCCAUACCCUAUGCAGUGAAACCAUCACUUCCCCUUAAUCAGAGCCUGGAUAGUGUUAUUACUAAAGACCAAAGAGAAGUAAAUCACGUGCAUCACAGUGGUUUGUUAAAUCAGCAGCCAAGGAUACAAGGAGAAAGUGUACCAGAUCACAAAGUAGACAUAGGAAACAGUACCCUUUCUCCUGCUUCCUGCACAGCUUCUGCCAAAUUUGUCCCACAGCUGAGUGAGCACUUAUCUACCUCAGUUAAUUUAGAUGUCUCUGUCAGACGGAAGGUUCUAGAUUUUGAAAAACAGUCUGAGAUUCAGACAAUGGAUGUUGCAAAUGAUGAAGCAGAAACAGUUGUAUUGCGGGACAAAUCUCCUUCUGGCCAUCAAACACCACAGCCUUUGCGACAUCCAUCCUACAUCUUAGCUGUAAAUGAUCAGGAGCCUGCCUCAGAGACUACUUGUUGGCUACCCAAUGAUGCCCGCCGAGAGGUCCAUAUAAAAAGGAUAGAAGAAAGGAAAGCUUCUAGCUCCAGCCCAGCUGGUGAUUCCCUGGCAUCUAUUCCAUUCAUAGAUGAGCCAGCUAGUCCCAGCACUGACCAUGAUCUUGCCAACAUUCCAGCUUCUGCUGUUAUUUCAGCAUCUUCCUCAAGAGCACCCACCAUUACAACAGUUCCUCCUAGCCCUACCUCUCGUGUACCUUUAAUUCGACGUCAGCUGUCCCAUGAUCAUGAAUCUAUCAGGACUAGUAUUGUGGAUGUCCAGUUUCCUGCAAAAAGUGAAAGGUCCAAGUCAUAUGAUGAAGGACUGGAUGACUAUAAAGAAGGAAAAGUGGCUAUAAAGCAUGUAUCCAGCUUAAAGGGAAUCAAGGCUCCAGAUAGCCAGUCAUCUUCGGAAAACUCAGGUUCCAGAAAAGCUUCCUCUUCAGAGGUAUUUGGUGAUGCUUCCAAGGAAGGAUGGCUCUAUGUUCGACAGCUAGUCACAGACAAAGGAAAGAGAGUUGGUGGAAGCAUUCGACCAUGGAAACAGAUGUAUGUGGUUCUAAAAGGCUGUUCGUUGUACUUGUAUAAGGAUAAAAAAGAACAGACCAUGCCCUCAGAGGAGGAGCUGCCCAUCAGUAUCAAUGCCUGUUUGAUAGAUAUUUCAUACAGUGAUACAAAGAGGAAACAUGUAUUUCGGCUCACAACAUCAGAUUGUGAAUACCUCUUUCAGGCUGAAGAUAGAGAUGACAUGCUGGCAUGGAUUAAGGCCAUCCAAGACAACAGCAACUUAAAUGAUGAGAACAUAGGUGUCACAAGCAAAGACCUCAUUAGCCGGAGGAUUAAAGAAUACAACACCAUGAUGAGUCCUUCAUAUGGGAAAACAGAGCCAUCCUCCAAAACAGCCCGCCAGACCCUGAGUAUAAGACAGACAUUCCGUGGUGCUAAAAUGGAGCAAAGAACCCAGUCUCCACAUUCUCCCAAGGAUGAAUCAGAGAGGAAAUUACCUACUAAAGAAAAAGAUGAGACUAGCCCACCAAAAGACAAAGGUACAUGGAGAAAAAACAUUCCUCAUAUCAUGAGAAAAACGUUUGAGAAGAAGGCAUCUGCAGUUGGCACCUUUGGGGUCCGGCUGGAUGACUGUCCCCCAGCUCAGAGCAAUAAGUAUAUUCCACUCAUAGUUGAUAUAUGCUGCAAACUGGUUGAAGAAAGAGGUCUUGAAUAUACAGGCAUUUAUAGGGUUCCAGGGAAUAAUGCAGCUAUCUCAAGCAUGCAAGAGGAACUGAACAAAGGGAUGACAGACAUUGAUAUUCACGAUGAUAAAUGGCGAGACUUGAAUGUUAUAAGUAGUUUACUGAAAUCCUUCUUCAGAAAACUUCCGGAACCUCUCUUUACUAAUGACAAAUACGCAGAUUUCAUUGAUGCCAAUAGAAAGGAAGACCCAGUGGAGCGAUUAAAAACACUAAAAAGGCUGAUCCACGAUUUACCUGAACACCAUUAUGAGACACUCAAAUUUCUCUCAGCACAUCUGAAGACUGUAGCAGAAAACUCAGAAAAGAACAAGAUGGAACCAAGAAAUCUGGCAAUAGUGUUUGGUCCAACUCUUGUGAGAACAUCUGAAGAUAAUAUGACACACAUGGUUACCCAUAUGCCCGAUCAAUACAAAAUUGUAGAAACGCUUAUUCAAAAACAUGACUGGUUUUUUGCAGAAGAUGAUGCUGAAGACCCCCUUACAGCAGUUCAGGAGGAAAACACAGUAGAAUCUCAGCCAGUGCCAAACAUAGAUCAUUUACUCAGCAACAUUGGAAGGACGGGAGUAUCUCCUGGAGACGUAUCAGAUUCAGCAACUAGUGACUCUGCAAAAUCUAAGGGUUCUUGGGGAUCCGGAAAGGGUCAUUAUAGCAGGGAAAUGUUUAAGUCCUCCAUCUUUGCAGCAACCAGUCGCAAGCGUAAGAAACCCAAAGAGAAACAUCCUAGCAGCUCUGAAGAUGAGGUGGAUAGUGUGUUUUUCAAGAAGGAAUCUGCAGAGGAUUGUUCUGGGGGUUCAGCGAAAGAGGAGGCUCUUAAAGAAGAAUUAGAUAAAGAGGCGGCAGGAAGAAAACUGAGAACCGUGAUUCCAAAAGAAAAGGAGAACACUGUGAAAAAACAUUCCACCAAUGAUGAAGUGGUACCAGCAAGAACAGAGAGUGUGCCUUCAGAGGAUGCUUCAGCUCCUUGUCUACAAAAAUACAUGAGAUCUCCAAAUCUCAGCUUUCGGCACAGUGCACAGAAGGGUGGCACAAAGCCACCCGUUUCUCAAAUCUCUUCUCAGAUGGAAGAAACAGUUUCUGACUCAGGCACUAUGCUCAGCAGUUCUUCACAGGCUUCUCUGCAGAGACUCCACUCUAAAAAUUUCCCUAAUCCUGAAAAUAAAUGCAGGGAGUUUUUAGCAGCUGAUGUCAGCUCCAUCACUUCAGAUUAUUCAACAACCUCAUCUAUGACCAAUCUAACUGGCCUAGAUUCCAGCAUGCUAAACCCUGAAAUGCACUCAGUGAUGGAGAAUAAAGGAGAGGAAGCGGAUGAUGAGAGAAGUGAAUUGGUAAGUGAAGGUCGCCCUGUGGAAACCGACAGUGAGAGUGACUUCUCUGUUUUUGCUUCAAGUUCUGCUGCAGAGAGACUGUUCAGGGGGAAAGGACAGGACAUGGUGAAGGGCAUCCGGAGAAACUCAGAGGAGAGUGAAGUGAGUUGGACGGAGGGCAGUUUGACACCAAAGUUGGAUAGUCGUAGAUUAUUCAGUUCACACAAACUUAUUGAAUGUGAUACCUUAUCCCGGAAGAAGUCAGCCAGGCACAAGACAGAUAGCGAAGGAUCAGGAGAUGCUAAGGGUGAAAAGGAGUCACCAGCGGUGACCAAAAUGAUUGACAUGAUGAAGAAAGGAAAGUCAACAAGCAGCUUAGCUGCAUCAGCCAGAAGUGAGCCUGAGAAACAGGAGCCUACAUGGAGACUCAAAAUUACAGACAGGUUAAAACUGCGUCUCAAGUCAUCAGCAGAUGAUAUGUUUGGAGUUGGCAAUCAAAAAUCAAGCUCUGCUGAGGUCUCCAAGAGAAAAAACAUCAGGCGAAGGCACACCUUAGGAGGCCAGAGAGAUUUUGCUGAAAUAAGUGUUCUGAACACAUGGAAAGCUCAAGAAAAAAAUCCAGACAGGGAGAAAGACGUUUCAGCAGUGAAUCGGUUGAAACCGAAAUGUUCUGCACAGCACUUCUCAAUUUCAGACUGGCUUGCACUAGAGCGUCUACGCACUAGCACAACGGACCUUAAUAUGAGUGAUAGCAAAAAGCCCAAACAGGAAAACAAUAGCAGACUGGCAAAUGCAUCAAAGGCAGAUCUCUCUUUGCCGGCAGAAACUUGGGCAGAGGAAGGUGGUUCAUCUUCUAGUAGUAGUUUGACUCUGAUUCCUAGAACACCAGUGUCGGGACCACUACAGCCACUAGACCAUGUGAAUGGAGAAGGCUACCAGAACGUGAACAAAAACAACUUCAGCCCAACAGUUGAUGCUCAUCCACAUAAAUUAUCCGCAACACAGGUGGUUAGAUCUCAAUUCUACCAGUAUAUUUGAGAUGAAGAAAGCAGCAAUUUGAAAGCAGCUCCUUUUUAAACCCAUCUCCAGUUGUUCUGUAUAUGUUUUCCUGUACCGUGUUACAUUGCAGCUAUAUGAGGAGGUUUAUUUCAUCAGUCUGCACUGUGAAAAAAAAGGUCUUUACAGUGCAUUAAUACAGCCUGAAUAUUUGGGGGUGGGGGGAGGGUAGAGUUUAAAAU